AAGAACACAAAAAUCAUAUGUUUCUUCCUUAUGAAAGUGGCGAACGAAUUUCGCAACAGCGAAUCGAAACACGUGCGUGCGCAUAGCAGUAGAGAGUGUGGGUUAUGGAAGACAAGUUUUUCACAGUUAGUACGAAAUCAACAGAAUCCGUGACUUGGUGAUAUUUAAAACGCAUUUCCUGCAAAAGAAAAACGUGGUAAAGUGUCGUGUAAUUGGUUUUAUCAAUUUAUUAAACUGUGUUUAAUUUCGAAACGUGAAAUAAUGCAACCCUGUGGAAAUGCUGUUUACAAAGCAAGUUAAGUGUAGCCGCUUCAACAUGUCGGAUCCUGUCUCUCAAGUGGACAGCACUGUCCGGAACGACUCCGAUAGCGACGGCGAAGAAGGCUUGGUGAUGAACAUUAAAAAGGCCCCGGCCACAGUCAAUACUGCUUCCAAAGGUGCGUCUUUGAAGGUCAACGGUUCCGUCAAUGGUAACGGCCUUCCACCCAUCAACCGAAGCACUUCUUGGAAAAGCAAGCAGCUAAUCGACGUCACACCCAGUGGAAGUCUAGACCUAAGCAAACUCUCGAUGCGUCGGAAUUCGAGCUACGGCAAACUGCCGUCGGAGAACCCAGAGGCCAAAGUGUUGGUCAUCUACACCGGCGGUACGAUCGGUAUGAUGCGCAAUGAUAAAAACGCGUUGGAGCCCAGACCGAAUGAAUUUGUUCGCAAAAUACGUCAUUACCCAAAUAUGCAUGAUGACACGUACGCUACCAAGCGAUACGGUCCAGCGAAAAAUAUGGCUCCGUUGGUACUUCCUUUCGUAGACGGUGAACAUCGAAGAAUUCUGUAUCAGAUCUGCGAGUACGAACCGUUGCUCGAUUCGUCCAAUAUGGGGAUGAACGAUUGGGUCCGAAUCGCCAACGACAUCAAGCAGUCGUACGAAUUCUUCGACGGCUUCGUAGUGCUGCAUGGUACGGAUACUUUGUGCUACACCGCAUCGGCGCUGUCGUUCAUGUUUGAGAAUCUCGGAAAGACGGUAAUCUUGACUGGAUCACAAAUUCCCAUUUUCGAAACCCGAACCGAUGGGAAGGACAAUUUUACGUCAGCCCUGAUUUUGGCGGGGAAUUACGUCAUUCCCGAGGUGUGCGUAUUCUUCAACAGUCGACUUUUCCGAGGUAAUCGGACGAUAAAAGUGAGUAGCGGAUCGUUGGAUGCAUUCAACUCGCCGAAUGCUGCACCGCUGGCUAAGAUGGGAAUAAAUAUGGAGAUCGACUACCGCUUGAUCUAUCGGCCUUGCACGGUAGAGAAGUUCAACGUGCAUGUCAAAAUGGACGAUAAUGUGGGUCUGUUGCGGGUGUUUCCAAGUAUUUCGAUGGCUACGGUAAAGGCUUUCCUCCAACCACCGAUGCGGGGAGUCGUACUACAGACAUAUGGAGCAGGGAAUCUCCCCACGAACAGGUUCGAUCUGCUGGAAGCCCUACGAGAGGCGGCUGAUCGCGGCGUUCUUAUCGUAAACUGUACCCAGUGUAAUGAAGGAGCAGUUAGUGACCUGUACGAAACUGGUAGACAACUGCAGGAUAUAGGAGUCGUACCUGGAUUUGACAUGACUCCGGAAGCUGCGCUUGCCAAGCUGUCGUACGUCAUCAGCAAGGACAAUUGGAAUCACGAGACCAAGAAGCUGAUGUUGAAGAACAACCUCCGCGGCGAGUUGACUCACGAGAAGACCCCGGAGAUGCAAGAAUACGAUCUGAUAGACGCAGUUGCCCGAACUCUACAGUUAAACUCGGACAAAGAGUUGGUCCAACUGAAAUCGUCACUUUUCCCCGCAAUGGUCAAUAGUGCCGUCCUGUCGGGGAACAUUUCCAAGCUCAACAAUCUCAAAGGCUACGGAGCGAACCUGUCGGCGGAAAAUUACGAUCGCCGAACAGCGCUGCACGUCGCCUGCUGCGAGGGAAAUCUGGAAGUCGUACAGUACCUGCUUCAAAACGGAGCUGCCGUCCAUAUUCGCGAUCGGUACGAUCGAACACCGUUAAUGGAUGCGAUUCUCAACGAUCACUACGAGAUCAUUCGUUUGCUCAUCAAAUGUGGUGCUCAUUUGACCGGAUCGAUUCGGGCUAUAGGCGAGAGUCUAUGCAGUGCAGCUGCUAGAAAUCUGCUACAUCGAUUGGAGUCUUACCGAAUUGCCGGUGCCGAUUUAUCACAAACCGAUCCCAGUGGUCGAACGGCUCUGCACGUCGCAGCCAUGUACGCAAACCUAGAAAUGGCUAAAUAUCUGGUGAAGAACUACGUCGAAGUAAACACCGUAGACUUUCUAGGUCUAACCGCCCUGGACUACGCUGUCAAAGUUAACACACAACCUGUGAUCGCUUUCCUGAUGGAGAAGGAUGCUAAGCGAGGUGACGAGAUGGAUCAAGUACCUGUACCCGACUUCGAUGAGUCUUUCGAUUACUAGUUUGUACUGGUUAAGACCUUUAUUUAGUUCCUAAAAUACAAUUUGGCUAAGCUUAUCUAAUGAGUGGCUUGUCAACACUA